AUGGGUAGAAAACUCAUUGAUUAUGCGAAUGAUUCCAACAGUUAUGAUUCCUUUAGAGAGAUCAGCAACGAAAUGGCUAUUGUUACUCCGUCUGACGAUUACAAUGCAAUGGUUAGAUCUGAACAUGGAAUUGCACUUGCAACUGCAACUUCUGGAGUGGCUUCUUCAUUAUUACCCGGUGGUAGGACUGCACAUUCAAGAUUUAAGAUUCCUAUCAUAGCUGACAAGUCAACUACUUGUAACAUUUCCAAGCAAAGUUCAACUGCAGAACUCUUACGAAAAACCAAACUAAUUAUUUGGGAUGAAGCACCAAUGGCUAAACGUUACGCAAUUGAAGCAGUUGAUAGAACUUUACAAGAUUUACUUGGCAAUAAUUUAUCUUUUGGAGGAAAAGUUAUGGUUUUUGGCGGAGAUUUCAAACAAGUGUUACCCGUACUACCUCAAGCGACUAGAGUUGAAACUAUUGAAGCAAGCGACGAAGAGAAACUGACUUUAUUAGACAACAUGAUUCAACUAUCGAAAGAGAUAGUUAUAAACUAUGUAAUUGAAGAAAACUCUGAAAAUGCAUUGAUAGAUGCUAUAUUUCCGUCCCUUCAAGAAAAUUCUCACUCAGCAAAAUACAUUACUAAUCGAGCAAUUUUAGCUACAAGAAAUGAUUUUGUUGAUAAAAUAAACGGUCAGCUCAUUGAACGUUUUCCGGGAGAAUCUUCAACAUACUAUAGCUUUGAUAAAGUAAAUGAUGAUGCUGGUACCUACAACCAAGAAGAAUUUCUGAAUUCUUUACUCCCAAACGGCCUUCCACCUGAUAGACUAACAUUGAAAAUUAAUUGUCCUAUACUUUUGCUAAGAAAUUUAGAUCCUGCAAAUGGAUUAUGUAACGGGACUAGGCUUAUAUGUCGUGGCACAAAAGAGAACAUAAUCGCUACUGAAAUUUGCCAUGGACAACAUGUAGGGAAACAAGUACUGAUUCUAAGGAUACUUCUUUCCCCAGCAGAGAGUGAGGGAUUGCCUUUUUGUUUUACUAGAAAAUAG